UCCAAAUAACUGCAUACUUCCAUGUCAUUUUGUGCAAUAUGUCAUUUUUCUGUUUUAGUUUGUAAUACUUGCACUGAAAAUGAGGUUUGUCAGGAGAGAAGCGGUGUCUAUGGCUGUGGUUGCUUGCAUGAACAAAGACCAAAUCCUGAAAUCUUUGAUGCUGUGGAGUCUUGUGCCAGCAGCACUGGCUCCAUGUCUCUAUCCCGCUGCCAGCUCUUUGAAUCUGGUUUUCGUCCUGAGCACCUGCACCUAAACGACCCAAGUUGCAAAGGAACCCUUGAGAAUGACAGACUUGUGUUUCAUUUUGACAAUGAAGACCACUUAUGUGGUACCACUUUGAUGAGCAACAGGACACACUUUAUCUACCAAAACUCCAUUCAGUCCACAAGAAACACUGGCCAGAAUGUCAUUACAAGAGAGAGAUGGGCAAACAUUACAUUCUCAUGUGUGUAUCCUCUGAUCCAGACCCUAUCUAUGCCCAUGGGUAUCCGAGCUGAAGGCGGUGUGAUUAGUAAGGAGCUGCCUGCUGGCCAGGGCACAUACCAGAUCCGCAUGAUUCCCUACCAUGAUGCACAGUUUACUAGCCCAUAUGAUGGGGAGGAGCAACUGCAGAUAAACCAGCAGGUAUAUGUGGCUGUUGAGGUGGAAGGAGUGGAUAGAAAUCAAUUUGCAACCGUUCUGGACAACUGCUGGGCCACACCAGUUAAUGAUUCUGACUAUAAUCUUCGCUGGAGUCUGAUCAUUGGAGAAUGCCCAAGCCCUGAAGAUGGCACAGUGGAAGUUCUUCAGAAUGGUAAUGAGACAACGAGCCAAUUCUCCUUCAGGAUGUUUACCUUCUCAGGAAUCUCUGACCACAUCUUCCUGCACUGCCAGGUUCAUCUUUGCCUUGUACAGAAUGGCAGAUGUGCAAUGCCAUGUGACCAUGGACAUAGUCGGCGCAGUAGAAGGCACAGAUCUUUGGACUUCCGCCACUCUGCAGCGAUCACCAUGGGGCUCAUGAAGGGUCUCAGUAAGCCUAAUGAAUAA